UCAUCAGUUAAUGACAGAUAGUGUGGUCUAAAAAAUGUGCAAUUAGAUACCUGAAUUCAAUCUGGUGGAGAAUGAUCCGGAUCUUCAAUGUGAGACGGUAUACCACAGCACCACCACUGUGCAUGCCUUUAGUAUGAGCCCAGUAAGUUUUAACCGACAUCAAGGGUCCGUAUAGACUAACAUAACUGGGUGCAAUAGAUGGCAUCAGAUACAUUAGCAGUGGUGCUAAAAAAUGAAAUUCAAGAAAUCGAUCUGAACAAGGUGCAACGAUACGGAGCUCCGCUUGUAAGAGCUUUAUCAAUCUCGUCUCUAAGUCCCAGUCAGGAUACGCAUCCUGACAGCUAUCCUGACUCUGAAGAAGACGACGGCGAUGCGAUGUCCUCGGACACGGAAAUCGAAACGGGCAUGAAAAAGUAUGCACGUCGUCGAGGUGGUACAGCCAAGCAUUCAAGCACUUCCACCCCGACUUCGGGUUUACCACCGAGUGCGACGCGCUCUCAUCCGGAUGAACCUUCUAAACCGUCGCAAAAUCUUGGCCUGGAUCAUUUGCAAGAUACCUUGAAGCGGUCGCUUGGUAUGGGUAAGGCUUUUUCGAAACGCGAGUUGAUUGACAAGUAUUCAUACUUGUUUUCAUCUGAUUACUCAUCUUGCAUAUACAUAUAUCUUAAAAAAAAACAAGGUUCUGAUCAUGCUCGGUCUCCUAUUGGUACCAGCCCGGGUGGAUCUUCGAUGGACAGCGGGGAUCGUGAACGAAUGAUCCUUCUUCGACGACCGAUCGUUGCCACCUGUGCAGAGACGCAUCCGCAGUUUCCAUUUUACAUCACAGGUGGUGAUCCGUCGACAGGAGGAGCCAGUGCCAUGUUAUGGCAGUUUGGCCAAGAACGUGAAAUCGCUACUUACUAUGGUUGCCAAGACAAAACAACAAAGAUUCACUUUGACCGUUUUGGACAAAAGUUUGGGGCAGCUGAUAUGCACGGUAACCUGUGUCUUUGGCGAUUUGAUUCACACGCUCAUUCAGAUAAACCGUACUGUACUCUCAGUUGUCACUCGAAAGCUACGCGGGAUUUCGCCUUUCUUGGUUCAAGUAGUGUAAUUGCUACUGCCGGUACAUCGACGACCAUGAGUCGAAGAAGAGACAAUGUUUGUAUAUGGGAUACCCUGUUGCCGCCCCAUAAAGCAAUGGUCUGCGCCUUGCCUGCGCAUGAAAGCGGAGCUUAUGCUAUUGCUUAUGACCCAAAUCGUCACCUUUUAUUCUCGGGAGGCAAACGUGGGGAUAUUGUGGUGUCGGAUAUUCGGCAACGCAGUACAAUGCAUACCUUCACUGCUCAUCAUGCAAGGAUUCGGUCGAUUGCAGUAGACUUGUCGAAUCAAGCCGUCAUUAGUGGGUCGAUUGACGGAGAACUAAAAAUCUGGGAUGCAAGCACCUAUAGAUUACGCCAAACGUUUGACAUUCAACCCCGUAACCGGUUCCUUACGUCAAGUUUCAAACACAUACCUUUGAAAGCUUUUGGUGUAACGCAAGUGCAGAUGAUGGAUGACGGUUAUGUCUACACAUCGGGACCUGCUGGGGUACUCCGAUGUCGUUCCUCCAUGCACGACCAUCUGUAAAAAGACAUGAAGCAAAUACAAAUACCUAUCAUUAACAUCCCAUGGAUAUCAUUGUGACCUUCUAAAUGCCAAAAAAAAAGCUUCCACUCAUGAUGAGUUUAUUUAUCCAGAAUAGGUAGAUCCAUGCCAAGCAUUAAAAAAAAAGAAGGAAGAG